AUGCUCAAUUAUACUCUUUCGAAUGACCCUAUUGAUGCUUCACAAUAUGCUGAAAAAUCAACAAUUAGUAUUCAGUGCAAUUAUUCUGGGGAAUAUUUCAAGUUAGAUGCUUCAAAAUACAAAGAUGUUUAUAUUGAUGCAUACAAUUUCUGCAUUGUCAAUAUAACAUCUCAAAAAAAGAAAAUCAGAAUAUAUGGUCCAGCACAAGUAUAUCUUACAGGAGAUGACAAUACAUUAUACGAUAAUUUUGAUUUAAGCCUGCCUUCAUUACACCCUCUUGUAUUUAUCAACGGUCAUCGAAACAAAUUUAAAAUAUCAUGGUAUAGAAAAUCAACAGCUUCUUAUUCAGUUGUUACAGCAAUAGUAAAUGAUACAAAUUUCACAACUUCUGAUCCUAAAAAAUCAACUAUUAAAUUUGAAAAUUCUUUGAAUUCUAACUUCGUCGGUAACAUUGGCACAUUUUAUAAAGUUAAUAUUAGUCAAAUAUAUCCAUCUUCGGAUUACAAAAUUUACUAUCAUUAUAUUCCAAAUGACGCAAAACCUGAUCGAACUGAAAUAUAUCUUGGACUAUUUCUAUCAAUUGGUGGAGUACUCGGAAUGUGUUUACUAGCAUGGAUUUGUUCUUGCUUAUUUCCAGAUUUCAAUGGUUGCAAAUUGCAUUCACAUGAACCACCUCCAGAAAUUUGA